AUGACAAUAUAUGCCGCCACGUUGGAAGAAAGACGUGCUUUCAAAGCAUUAAAUCCGAAGCUGAAAUCGACAGUGUUUGGACUCUUGCAUGAAAACGACCUCAAUCUUUUAGUUAACGAAAGCAAACACAAACACAGCAAAAAGAAACUCGAUGUAACCCAACCUUGUGACAUUGGAUGUUUAUCAACAACCUCCGGCAUGGCAAACUACAGCCUUGUUGAAUUCACAGACGAAAGUUCGGAUGAUGAACAACUUACGCCCGGUAUCGCUGUUGCUAUGUACACUUCGUCCACUCUUAAAAAUUAUUCGCACCUAGUGCACGUAAUCAAGAGAUUGCUUUGCCCAUUCGUAUGCCUACUGCGACUGCCAUAUCAUCAAACGUGACAUAGCACUAAUAACCACCAAUAAAGAACCACUCAUAUGGUCAGCGGCUGCAACAUCUUCAAGAAACGCCAUUGAAAUUGCUGAAGCUGGCUCAUCAAUCAAUGUCAACGAAUCUGCGCCUGCAAUACCACCAAUCAAGAACCAGUUGUAUGGUCAGUGGCUGCAACAUCUUCAAAAGAUGCCAUUGCUACCAUCCUAA